CCAUGAAUGAUUUAAUUGAAUGCGUGCCUUCAUAUAGCCAUUAUUCUGAAGUGAUUGAAUCUGAUGUGAUGUAUUUACAGAGGAAGUUUUUGAAAUGCGAAGAAAAUAGAAGAAAAUUCAAGGUGGAAAUUUAGAUUUUUUUCUCUCUCAAAAAUUAUCCCUCUUGUUUGAAUGUCGUGCUGGCCUUGCUGCGUGUCAACAACAUAUCCAAGAUGGCGUCUUACACUUACCUACAGAGUGUGUGAUUUUCCUGCUUUUGUAAAAAUGAUCGACUUCAAAGUCUCAAAACAUCAGGAAUGAUCAAGUUUGGGUUUUCUGAGGUUUAUUGUACUGAAUAUUGCGAGGCCUACAGACCGUGGCGGAACUAAGCAGAGAGAACUUGGCAAUCAGUAUGAAGGUGGUGCUUCUACUGGUCAGCUUCUGUCUUCUGAUUGGGCGAUAUGAGUGUGCCCUGCCCAUCGUGCACCUGGCCGACAGCUGCAACAGCACAGUGCAGGCCAGCAACGGUGGCUUCAUCGAGCCGGACAAACGCCUGCUGUACAACAGCAACCUGGACUGCACCGUGGUGCUGACUGCCGAGCAGGGCAGCCGCUUCCUGCUGCGCUUCUACCGCUUCAACCUGGAGGAGCCAGUCGGCGGCAGCUGCGUGGACCACCUGACCAUUUACGACGGACUGGAUAGGCUCAGCCCGCUGUCCGGGGCCCUCUGUGGCCGGACCAAGGUGGACGACAUUGUAUCAAGCAGCAACAGUAUCACCUUGGACUUUGUGACAGACGAAGACGGGAGCACAAACGGUUUUGAGAUAUUCUACUCAAUUUUCACUGAUGCUCCUUGCACUAUUGAUCAGUUUGCCUGCAGCAACAGCAGGUGCAUUGACGCUGCAUUGAAGUGUGACAGCUACAACAUGUGCGGUGACAACAGCGACGAGACAGACUGUGACGAUGUUGUGGCCGAGGACACUGGUUUGAGUGCGGCCGCCAUUGCAGGUAUUGUAGCUGGUUCCCUGUGUCUCAUUCUCCUCAUCAUGGGGGUGAUCCGGGCAAUCAUACACAAGUACCAGUCAAACCAACUGCUCAAGCAGCUGAUGGACGAGAUGAGCAAACAGCCCACGUCCAACGAGUACUCGGACAAGGACUUCUGGGGAGACAGCAAGCCCAUUGACCAGUAGGGUAGGCACCAGCCAAACAUUUACAACCUCCGAACCUAGUAGCACAUAGAUGAGGAUUUUUGGAGGCAUUAAAAAUCCACUUGGGGACCAGGAUAGAAAGACCUUGCAAUAGAUUGGUUCUGUAUAUGUCUUCUGGGUGUCCUCAGAAGCUCAUUGUACUUUGACAGGAAUCUUUUUGAAGACCUUGACAAUGCCUGUUUGGGACAAGGAUAAAAUAGACCUUACAAUGCAUCUGUUCUGUAGACAUUCCAACCAGGAUGUCCCCCAAACCCAGGAGCACUAAAGCGAGGAGUCAAUUUAGACAUUUAGAGUCCAGUUAAAUACAUGUACUGAUAAAGGCCUUGCUGUGCAGUGGUACGGGAGACGUCUCCACGUUCCCAAAUGAAUGUCUACAGAACCUAGGAAUACUUACAGAGGACCAAAUGCGCUAUCUCUUUUUUACUAUUCAAGCUAUCAAAGUUAGGUUUUAGUUAGUAAUUUCUGUGCAGUUACAACAGUAAUUUUGUAUGUAGCAUAAUGACAAUAUGGUGCCAUUAACAGCUUGGUUGCUGGAUAUGGGCAAGGUAUAAGUACAUCAACCAUUUUAAUGUGUAUGUUUUGUAUACAAGUCACGGCACUUUGGCGGGGGAGUUUUGAAAAUAGGACGACUCACUGAGGACAUUGUAAAUUCAUGUCUAUGUGUGAUUAAAAGUGUUUGGAUUGGCCUUCACCAAGUUAAAGGGACAGUUUCUUUUGUUAGGCCAAAAUAAGACUGACAUGUGGGGACAUUUCUCUGUCCACAUAACGUCUUCGAUCGCUACAGAACAGGUGAAAUAUCGUGGGUAUGUCCCCACAGCUACGGAACCAGAAUGGGUUUACUUUUUUGUUUUGAAUGUUUACAUGGAACACUGUUCAAAUCAAUCGUCCAAUAAGCACUCUUAUGUUGUUGACUGAGCCAUGUUGUUGGAAGAUCGGGUCAUUCAUGUAAGGCUGUAUAAAUGUAGCCUGACCAGACAUUGGUGUGUUUUGUGAAGUGGUGAAUUUUUUGCCUGACAUGAAAAAGACGUUUGAAAACUCACCAACACAGCAAAAAAGAAAGGACUGUGUGCGGGAGCAUGGGUACCGUGAGACAUGGUCGUGAAAUGUCCAGAACGUUACCAGGCUGUGUGUUCUUUUGCCUGCGUGCCAUGUUCAUGUAGUUGAAAUUACAUCCUUGACAUUUUAUAAUUAAUUGGGUUGUGGUCUUGGCUGACUCGGGACAUCCGUCAGCAGGAAUGGUAAAGACAACAGAUGUUGUCUGAUCGUCUGGUAAUAGUUCAUUCAUACCAUAUGAUACAAAUCAAAUGCCGCAGCUUCAUUCCCAAUAACCCUAGCCCCAUACGGAGUGAAGCCAGAAAUACCAAAUACACAACAAAACAGAAAUAUGCAAAGGGGGGGGUGGACCGAAAACAAACAAAAAAUUCAGUGAAUCUCAAUAUAAAAGAAAACACGAUUAAAAAAAGUCCCAAGUCACAAACCUCAUGAGAAAUGAUGCAGUCUUCUCCACCGCACCCUUCUUUCUUUUCUAUUUUUUGCGCUCCGGGAUCCCAGAUAAAUAAACAUGACGGUUUAGACUUGAUAUAUGCCGUCACGCUUGGCCGGUCUCGUCACGUGGAACACAUUAUACGCAUGUGUGCAAAAUACAGGGCAGCGUUGCAGGCAGAAUCUGGGCCAGGCGAAAUGGACAAACCAUGCGAGCUGGGAUAGAAAUAAUGAUUUUCAGCUCUUCUGACAACACCUCCCUCCCCCCUCUUUUUUUUUUAAACCCAUUCUUCACACCGGAUCGGCAAGGUACCCCGGCCCCAUGGGAUACAUCAGACACAAAUCGCACAUUAAAGAAGAGACAAAUUAGUUUCACAUGCUCAAUGAAUAGCUCUGGUCGGUCCAGGUAUUUAAUUUUCUUUCCGAUUUGAACAUCUGUUGCAAUGUCUCAUAUUUAUUGGAUGCUGGAUGCCCGCUGCCAUUUACAAUUUCACAGUUUGCCUGUCUACAUAUUGACGCAGCGAUGUAUGUACAUAAUACUUCACCUUUGGACGUCUGUCCUACUUUCUGGAACUAAAGCCGAUCGCCGAAGCUGGGCCUGCCCACACGCCAAGUAUAAUGAUAACACAACUGAAACUCAAGUUUCCCUCAAAAAGCUACACUUCAGCUAGAAAAUGGCAUUUCAUGCUCCGUGUACGUAUCAACACAUGUCAACAGAAUUCAUUAUCUUCCGCCGUGCUGAGCAGAAAGGGUUUUAAACGCUUAUCCUCAUAUAAAUUCAACAACUGAAGCAUUUUACCCGAAACAGGAAUGUUUAUCCAAGCUCCAGACAUGUUAAUGUUUAACUGCAUUUCUUUCACAACCCGUUAUUGAGGAAACUUGUUCAGAAUAUUUUGUGCACGUUGCGUUUCCCAGGCAAAUGGAAUAUACUGGGUUUUACACCUUGCUUUUUUAUCUACAAAAUGAAAUACCCAACCUAUUUUUCUUUGAAAUGUAACCUCACAAGAAAUGUUAGAGUGUAGGUAUUACAGUCUGUGCCAACAGCCUACGUGUCCACAGCUUAAUUUGGCCAUUUAGAGACACUGGGACACAAUCAAUACACAUGGUAUUCAAACUAAACACAUGGUAUUUUAACUAAACGUU